AUGCCGUUCAAGCACGUGCUGUCUGCCAGGCUCAGCUGUCCCGUCCAUGGUCCCGUCAGACUCUGCAGAGGAGAACAGCCCAUCAGCAGUAUCCACACCAGCCACAUCCCACCUCCGCCUCUCCGCACGUUUCUCCCUCAAAUCAUCCCACAAGUGAUGCUCUGCGGAGCCGCUGUUCUGAACCUUCCAUCGGCAUUUUGCUACGCAGCUGAGAAGAGCCUCAUCCUCCAGGACCAGCUCUGA